UUGUGUAUUCCUCUGACAAGAAGCUAUAGGAUUAGCAAAAUAGCGUAGAGAUGCGUGUAUCUCAUCGAUCACCGCUGAAAACGUUCUCCUCUGCCUUUUCCAUCACUUAUACUACUGUUUUAUUCAGUGUGACCAAUGACAAUGGCUUGCGGAAGAAUGUUAAAAUAUGUUACUCUGAGUAGAGCUGGCAAACUAACUUGCCAACUGAGCUAGCUCGCUAACGCGUUAGCAAAGUCGGCUUGACGACAUAAUAGGUUGCUGUGCGUUUCGGCUUGUGGGAACACGGUGUGCUCAUUGUGGUAGGUCAGCCCAGCUCUCGCUGUCUUACUGUCUAAUGAAGCUAUUGGUCAUCUUAGGACAGCGUGUUUCGUCUGCCGCAUGGCUCACAGUAGCCUUCAGUGUGUGAUCAUCUGCCCUGACCAUAAGAUGGAGUGACAUCGGUUUACUUGCUAAUGAGCCAGCUAACGGAAAUUUAGCCAGUCCCCGGUGUCUUCGCAGCGUUACCAGCGUUGCUCUCAUUGCGCUGGCUAAAAAUACUUCUUGUCCCAUGCUCAGCACCCCUCUAAAGGUGGUGGGCUAGUCCACAUAGGAUUACUUGUCUUUGUAUUUUCUGGUAAACUUGCUCGGAGCCUAGCACUCUACAUGGUCACUACCGUGAAUUCAAGACGACUAGAAGAGCGAGUCGGACCCCGAGGUUGUGAGCCGAGUUGGCCUGGUAAGAAGCUAUACCGCACCGGCUGGGAGACCUCAGGUCUACUCUGUCUAGCGAACCCAACCCCACUGUGGCAAGUCGGUUGCCGAAUAUCAUUCUGCACCAAUGGCCUAUCUCUGCGUUCACUAAACAUAUAAUAAGCCUUGGUCCUGCCCGGCUUUGCAAGACCUAAACUUGGUAAAGGUCAGACUUUGUUUUCAUUGUCAACUGUCUGAGAGGCGAGACAGGCUUAAACUGUCCAGAGCCAAAGACCAUGUCGGAGGAUAACAACGCAGAUAAAUUUAUCAAGGAGACAUCCAUUCUAGAUGAGUACAACAUCAACUGGACCCAGAAGUUGGGAGCUGGCAUUAGUGGACCUGUCAGAGUCUGUGUGAAGAAGUCAACUCAGGAACGCCUGGCCCUGAAGAUCCUCAUCGAUCGUCCCAAGGCCAGAAAUGAGGUUCGUCUCCAUAUGAUGUGUGCCAACCACCCAAACAUUGUGCAAAUCCUGGAGGUUUAUGCCAACAGUGUCCAAUUCCCUCAUGAGUCCAGUCCAAGAGCAAGGCUCCUUAUAGUCAUGGAGAUGAUGGAGGGGGGUGAACUGUUCCACAGAAUUAGCCAGCACAGGCAUUUUACUGAAAAGAUGGCCAGUCAGGUCACGAAGCAGAUCAGUCAAGCCUUGGAACACUGUCACUCUUUAAAUAUUGCACAUCGUGACCUGAAGCCGGAGAACCUGCUCUUCAAGGACAACUCCCUGGAUGCUCCUGUGAAGCUGUGUGACUUUGGCUUUGCCAAAAUUGAUCAAGGAGACUUGAUGACCCCUCAGUUCACCCCUUACUACGUAGCACCUCAGGUACUUGAGGCUCAAAGAAGACACCAGAAAGAAAAGUCUGGAAUCAUACCUACCUCACCCACCCCUUAUACCUAUAACAAGAGCUGUGACUUGUGGUCCCUCGGUGUGAUCAUUUACGUGAUGCUGUGUGGCUAUCCUCCGUUCUACUCUAAGCACCACAGUCGCACCAUCCCAAAGGACAUGAGGAAGAAAAUUAUGACCGGCAGUUUCGACUUUCCUGAAGAUGAGUGGAGCCAGAUCUCUGAGAUGGCGAAGGACAUCGUACGCAAGCUGCUGAAGGUGAAGCCAGAGGAGAGGCUGACUAUUGAGGGAGUCUUGGCUCACCCCUGGCUCAACUGCACAGAGGCCCUCGACAACGUACUGCCCUCUGCCCAGAUGAUGAUGGAUAAGGCUGUAGUUGCUGGUAUCCAACAGGCCCAUGCAGAGCAGUUGGCCAACAUGAGGAUACAGGAUCUAAAUGUCAGCCUGAAGCCACUAAACUCUGUCAACAACCCAAUCCUCAGGAAACGGAAACUACUAGGCCCCAAACCCAGUGAUGGCUUCUUCAUUCACGACCCAGAGAACGGAGGGGAAGACUCCAACGUAGCACUGGAAAAAUUACGGGAUGUCAUUGCGCAAUGUAUCUUACCACAAGCUGGAGAAAACGAGGAUGAGAAGCUGAACGAGGUGAUGUAUGAAGCCUGGAGGUUCAACAGGGACUGUAAACUGCUGAGAGACGGUCUGCAGGGACUCAGCUGGGACGGUCGAGCGUUUUCCGAUAAAGUUGACCGCUUGAAGUUGGCCGAAAUAGUCAAACAGGCCAUUGAAGAAAAGACAAACCUCCAAGAAUCUCAUUAGCGAGCGCUGUCUUUCUGUCUUCUUUUUUAUAUUGUUUAUUAUGACCCUUUUUAACCCAUAUCUGUAAAAAAAAAAAAAAAGGCUUUUUUUAUGUAGAAGAAAAAUUAUGCGCUGAUUUUUUUUUUUCUUUUUUUUCAUGAAUUCACUUGCAAGACCUGUUGUACAGCUGUGAAUAUAUUUCAACAGAGGACUCAUUGGUACUAUAAUUUUUUUUUACGGACACUUGCAAAGAACAUGGAAAAAAAAACCUAUAUUUUGCAAAAAAAAAAGAAGAAAAAAGACAAAAGAAGACAAAAUAAUCAGUGCAGGAAAUUAUUUUCUGGGAGGGAAUUUUUAUUAGCUGCUCAUCCAAGGUGUCAUAUUUUAUCCCAGUAAUUUCAUUUUAUUCUAUUCUAUUUUCUUUUUAACGUCAUAAGAUUGUUAUUUAUUUAAACAAAAGAGUUCCAUUAUUUUAUAUCUUUCUUGUAGCCUGGCAGCGGGCUCUAAAGCUGAGAGAAGCUGUCGACUUUGUGACUUAGUUCUUCCAUACACUCUGUGAAUCUCAAACUGUGUAUAAAUUAUAUGAAUCUUUACUUUUUAUGUAACUUCCUUUCGAUCUUUGGCUGUUUUUGAAGAGGUCGGGGGAAGACUGAAAUGGAGUUUUUCUUUUUAUAAAUUGUCAUAAAACAGACAAGUGCAGCCCAAAUUUUUUCACUCACGCUGGUAAGAAGGGGCACUAAAUGGAUCUCAGCAGUUUGGACGGCUGUAAACUCUACAGCUGAUUUUCUUUGACUGAUUUGGAUCCAUGCGUUUUCCCAAGGAUUGUAGCUCAAAGUUCAUGUUUUUUUUUUUUACUUUUUCUAAAGCUUUAAUUGUUUCUCUUGCAAGGAUAGGAGUUAAGACCAUCAUAUUUUUGACCUUAGGUUAAAGAACCUGACCUAUUGAAACUCAGCUGGAUCUAAAAACAUGUCACAGACUCAUGUUCGACUCAAGGUGAUACUGUGUAUCCACUUCUGAAUUCUGUGCCUGACAAGUGAAAUGAAGUGAAUCAUAUAUGUUUGAAACGGCUGUAUAUGUGUUUGUGCUGUGAUUUUAUUUAUUUAUUUUUUUUGAAUGGUCUUAAGUUAAAGUCUGAAAUCAGUCUAUCUGCUUUAACGUAAAAUGGUUGCACCUGAAAAUCAGAUCUAAAUUCAAGAACGCUCAAUAGUACAUGAGCCAACAACAGAAACGCAAUGAACCGUUUUUAUUUUUUCAUGUCGGAAAGGAUCAGAAGGAAGGUUAUCUGUAAGAAUUUCAGCCUCAACGAACUUGCUGUUCUACUGAAUGUGCAAUAGGGCAAUAAACGUGUUCUUCAUAGUGCAUGCAUAUAAAUGGUAGUGAUAGUAUGUAGCAGUGCAUCAGUAUUACUGUCCAGCACAGACCUUCACUGCUUUAUUUCAACAGAUCCAGUCAGAGAAUCGUCUGAAUACCAGCAAAUGCUUCUCCUCUUCUUCCUGUUCACUAUCUGCUGCAGUGUUCUGCUCAAGUUCUAUUUAAUUUCUCCAGAGUGGUUGAAAGAAGGGAUUUGUGUUCAGGUGUGCGGCUGCUACAAGUGCAUGUUCUUGUCCAGUGCUUGCAGGGCUAAUUUUUGCUCAGUUAAUUAAAAGAAAUCCUCCUAAGUUUGUUAUAAAACACUUUUUUGAUGAAGUCUUAGUUUGUAUGGAAGUAGAAAAAGCUUUUUUUUUUUUUUUUUUUUUUCUGUGAACUAUUUUUAUUCCCGUAUUAACAUUGAAUUUUUUGACCAGAAACUGGUGCAAUGUACUGUAGGUAAACUGAUCUUUUUUCAUAUCUAUUACAGCUGACUUAAGGGGGUAAAAGUUUUAGACUGAAAACAAGUCAUGAAGGCAAUGAUUGGCUCCUAACAUCUGUCUUUUGUCUGCUUUGAGCAAAACUAACCCAGACGAUGUUUUACUAUUCAGAAGAACCAUAGCAUGUGUAUUAAAGGCCUUAUUAGUCCGUGGCUUCGUUCUAUGCUCAGAUGUGCCUUGUUGUUCAUCCUCUUCUGCUCUUAUAAGUGCAAAUUCUAAUAUGACAGAGAAUCUCAGAAUUAGUAUGGAUUAUUGAUUAGCGGUUGUCUUUUUGGCUUGUUUUCUGGUCAUGAAAUGAAGGGUUUUGAUGGUCUGUCAACAGUUUGUUAUAAAAUGCCUCUUGCAUCCUGUUUUGAUAAAACAGACAAAACAUAUUGGCUAAUGUCUUCAGCUCAGCCAUUAGUUCAUUCCUACUGAAUUAAUUUGUGUUUUUGUUAAGUUUCAAUUUGAACAUUUUUGUUUCUGAAACCAUUUUUUUUUUUUUUUUAAAUAGUGUUUGAGAAUCAGCAGAUCUCACUAAAGUGGAACCUAAUGCUGCCAUUUUGGAUGUGUGACUGUAUGAAAUGAAUUGAUCUAUAUGUGUGCUUGUCCUCAUGUCUUUUUCAGUGAUUAUCUUAUUUGUAUUUAUGGAGACCUGUCGAUAAAUCAGAGCUGCUUCCAUUGUUCUGUUUUCAUCCACAGAAAACUAAUUUAUAUCCUUGCCUGACAUUAUAAUGAAGAGCAGUGGGCUAACUCGCAUUAUGCACUGUAAAAUCGAAGUACCUGAAGGGAUUACAGUCAUGCUCAGACAUUUAGCUUCAGUUUGACCCAGUUUUCAAUGAAAAUCAAAACAUUUUCAAGAUGCUACCUCUUUCUCCUGCAUCCUCAGCUCCUCUAAUAUGGAUAUUACCUAAGAUAUUUCCUUUUUCAUACCAAAAUGACCCAAACAAAACACAAUAGGUGUUUAUUCAGCUCUUGCACACUCAUUAAAUACCUGUUGCUUCUAUUUCUUACCCUGAUCUGCUGUAUGUACACGAAUCAAGUACAGACAAGUGGAUUUCACUCUAAGUAGCUAUCCUUGCUUCAAUCAGGAUCAAGUUAUGAGGAAAGGAAAUCAUUUCAACAUACAGCGCCUUUUUCUCUGCUUAACCAAUGCGUGUGUUGUUUUUUUUCUCUGGUCUGGCAGUUAUGUAGCAUGUACCUGAAUCCCUCAUCAAAGACUGGCUGUGUUUCUGUCAACAAUGUCUAUUUUUGCCCUUUCUGCCUUUUUUUGGAAUGUCAUCAACAUGCUGACUUUGUAAUAAACAAAAUAUUUGACUUUUGAA